CGGGGUUUGGGGCUGGGACUGCAGUGCUGGAAGCUCAUUGAAAGCAGCCACUGGUGGAGGCGGGGCUCUGGCCAGUUCCCCUUCCACCUUCCCCCACCCUCUUCUUCCAACCUCUGUUUGGCCCCUUGCUCUGUUCCAGCAUUGCUGCAGCUGUUUCUCAGCCCUUUUCAACACUCCAGCGACCGACUACAAGCUCUUGUUUCCAGGAUGGUGAUCCGUGUAUAUAUUGCAUCUUCUUCUGGCUCUACGGCGAUUAAGAAGAAGCAGCAGGAUGUGCUUGGUUUCUUAGAAGCCAACAAAAUAGGAUUUGAAGAAAAAGAUAUUGCAGCUAAUGAAGAGAAUCGGAAGUGGAUGAGAGAAAAUGUACCUGAAGACAGUCGACCAGCCACAGGGUACCCCCUGCCACCUCAGAUUUUCAAUGAAUGCCAGUACCGUGGGGACUAUGAUGCCUUCUUUGAAGCCCGAGAAAAUAAUGCAGUCUAUGCCUUUUUAGGCUUGACAGCACCACCUGGUUCAAAGGAAGCAGAAGCCCAGGCAAAGCAGCAAGCUUGAGUGUCAUGCGUUCUUCCUUCAGCAUCUUGAAAAUAAGGAAUCUCCAUUGCUUUGAUAAAAAACCUUGGCUCCAAAAGAAAUAGGCGAAACUGUUGAAAUAAUAGAUUAGCUGAUGUUCUCGCAUGCAAACAAGCAUAACUGAAAUGUGAACAUGGUAGUGAAAAAAUGAGAGAUGAAGUUUAAACUUUAAGUAGAUAUCAUAGAAUAGUAUUGUUAUCUGCCAAGAUAUUUUAUGGUCUCUAAGGAUUUUACAAAAAAAACCCCAUAUGCUUCUUUUUUGAUAUUACUGUGUAGCUUAAGGAUAUCUUCAUUUCAACAUCGAGGAAUUAAACGAGGAGAAAGAGAGAGAAGGAAACUCUUAUUCCAAAUUAGCCUCAUUAAUAUUCGUGAAUAUUUUGAUGUGAUGUUGCUGAAAUGUAUUUGCAGGUUAUGUUUACGAUGUGUUAGACAUUGUAAUUUCCUACAGUGAUUGUGACAUUCUCAUUCUUCCAUAGAAGCAAUGUAUAUGCCCCGAACCACAAGUUUUCCUGGCUUCUAAAUGUAACCUUUCAUUGCACAUUCAGUGAUCAAAAUAGUUGACUUCCCACAAGAGAAGCAUCGAUUGCAUUCCACUGGCAAACUCCUUGUUUACUUACACAGUUAUAACAUAAUUAUGUUUCUAAGUUGCUUGCCUCAGUAAAAACAUGGGAUUGUAAGUCAUGGAAAGAAGAUUGCAAUUAAUUUUGAAUUGGGCCUUCUUGCAAAGAGCUCAGUCUUUUAAUUAACCGUUAUAUAAUAUCUUGAUCCUCGUCGCUCAGCAUUUUCUUUCCUUUGGUGUUUGCUAAAAGAAAUCUCAGUGGCUGCCUUCUCCUGCUUUAAUAUAGCUGGUGGUCAUGAAUGCUGAACUUUUUGUUCCAGUUUAGGCACAUGUGUCAAAGCAUCAGUCCAAGUAGAAAGAAUCACUGGCAUGCUUUCAUUUUGUCAGAAAGCACAAGUAUCAACGAAAAGGAACACCAUUUGAAAUACUUUGAAGAUAAACAUGACCCAAAUCACUCACCCAGAAGGUAUUGAUAUGGUACCUUUGUACAAUCGCCCUUUAUACUGUAUUAUAUCUGCUGUUUGCUAAACUGUACUCUGCAAAAAUUCAUCAUAUAGUGAAGUCAUAGCUUUGUUUACUGAAAUUCAAGCUUGAUUUGAUGCUUUAAAAUAAAUGUUUUUAGAAAUUAUGUGUUUCUGGCUUCUAAAUAAUGUACAGUAAUUUUGAUGCAUAAUUAUCUUUUAUAGUUGGUUAGAAAGGAGAAAACCAAACCAAACAAAAUAAAUAAGCAAAAACAAUUUGAAGGCAAUUUCUCAGUUUUUUAGUGACUUGAAUUUUGGACUAUUUAUUGGAGUCAAAAGUAUUCCAUUUUUUCUUUUUACAAAAAAUAUUUUCCAGUAAACUCUGUGGGAAACAGAGUGCUUUUAGCGGAUUCUGGAGUGAGCAAAAUAAUUUUAGCUAUUAUUUUUCCUUAACAUUGCUAAGUGCAGCAGGUGACAUUGUAUGUGGACAAUUUAACUUUUGUUUCGUAUUAAAUAAUACUGUUUUAGACAGGUGUUUUUAAAAAAUAGAUGCAUUGGGUGAUAUUUAUAUCCAUGGGAUAGUACCCUGAAAUCAACUUAAAUAAAAGUUUGGAUCGCGUCUUCUCCAAUUAGAGCCUUCCGUUUUGUCAACCGAGAAACAUGCUUGAGAGAUGAAAGAAAAGGAAAUAAAAUCCUGAGGAUUAAGAUGAGUUUUGAAAGAAACUCCACAGUAAACGCCUGGGAAAUAAAAUUCUUGAUGCUUUUUAUAUUAUGUUUGGCAUAUUUGUGUUUAUAAAUCCAGACUUGGUGAUUUGGUAAUUUCAUAUUUUGGAGCUCAUUUGCUUUUUAGAAUUUUUGUUCUUCAGAACGUUCCAUUUUCAGAAAACACUAUAAAUUGUUAAUUGUAUUGAUAAAUGUAAAUACUUCUCUGAGAACCUGAGCAUAGGUGAAUAGAGAAUUUUGAAACAAAGAUGGUUUUGAUUGGAAAAGACUAAGUAAAUACAGGGAGGUAGGUGAAAUCAGAUUUCUUUCAUUAUGUAAAGGAGAAAAUGAAGAAUUCACAUGGAUUUUGUUAACCACUUGUUGGUGUUUAAAAUAUACAGAGUUCAUCAUAAAUCCUUGUCUAUGUAACACAGAUCUUUUCUUCUGAUGAAUUCCAAUAAAAACAAUUAAGUGA